AUGGAAGGAUAUUUCCAACAAGAAAGGAAAAACAUUCCACUUCUGUUGCAGAUCCAGACAGCAAAACCAUUAGUGGACACACAUGCCCCAACAAUACACAGAAUCAUUUAUUUAUCCCUUCUAUACAAAAAGUUGGAGGAACACCAACUUUCUGCUACUGAAAGAGAGAAGUAUUUGCUGCUAGAGAAGAUGUCCUGCAUAUUGAGAACAAAGGGACAAACUGACAACAAAAAUGACUAUAAGUCCAAAAGUUUAAUUGAAGAAAAACGAAAGCAGUGGAAAGUGAACCAGGAGAACUGA